AAAUUAAAAAAAAAAAGACUACAGUAACAAAAUAGUGUGAUACUGGCAUAAAAACAGACAUACAGACUAAUGGAAUAGAAUAGAGAGCCAAGAAAACAAAUCCUUAUGUCAAUUGAUCUCUGGCUAAUGUGCCAAGAUCAUUAAAUGGGAAAAAGAAUGUCUCCUCAACAAAUGAUGCUGGGAAAAAAAAUGUCUUAAGUCCUACAUUUUCUUCUCACUUAUUGCAGAUAUUUCACCUGGAAAACUGUUUACAGCUUCCUCAGAGGACUUUUUAUUUUCCCUCAUCCAUAGGCAUAUAUCUACUGCUUUAUCCUAUGUUUUAACUGCUAAACUCUAGAGGAAGAGAAUCACCCAGGCCAGGGCCCCACACUGUGAAAGUAUCUAUAUCCAGUAAACUGUCUCCAUUCCAGGAUAGAAUAAUUUAUCAACAAAUGAAACAUCAGCUACUUCCCACUUGUCCUCUGAUUGCAUUAAAAUCACUCCCUUUCCCACCCAACUGAUGGAGUUUGCAUAGAUGUGCAGCUGACACACAUUCUAUCUCCACCUCCUCCUCUGCAUUUUGUUGAAUCACUGGUUUUAGUAGUCUGUUAGGCUUCUUAUUAAUACUAAUAAAAUGUUCAUUCAUUAACUUUCUCAUGCCUAUGAACUAGAUAGAACUAGAUACCUUCACUGUCUUUCCCCUUGAAUUAUGCAGUUUUUAUAAAGUCAUGCUGUAGCAGGAAAGUAAGCUAGAAAACUGAUUUUGUGUCUGUAGCAUCAGGUACUAUUUAACCAGUGGGAGGGACUGAUAAAAUUAGCAAGUUGACUAACCACUUCCCUUCCUUGUGGCUCUUUAAUAUUAUAACCGAUACAGAAAAGUUCAGAAGAACUGGGCUAGUUUUUGAAACCACAGUACAUUUUGGCAAAGAGGGAAUGCAUAACAGAACGGAUGGGGUGGCUGGACGAGAGCAGCUCUUGGCUCAGCAGAGAAUGCACAGUAUGAUCAGCUCAGUCGAUGUGAAGUCAGAGGUUCCUGUGGGCCUGGAGCCCAUCUCGCCUUUAGACCUAAGGACAGACCUCAGGAUGAUGAUGCCCGUGGUGGACCCUGUUGUCCGUGAGAAGCAACUGCAGCAGGAGUUACUCCUCAUCCAGCAACAGCAGCAGAUCCAGAAGCAGCUUUUGAUCGCGGAGUUUCAGAAGCAGCAUGAGAACUUGACACGGCAGCACCAGGCUCAGCUUCAGGAGCAUAUCAAGUUGCAACAGGAACUUCUAGCCAUAAAACAGCAGCAAGAACUGCUAGAAAAGGAGCAGAAACUGGAGCAGCAGAGGCAAGAACAGGAAGUAGAGAGGCAUCGCAGAGAACAGCAACUUCCUCCUCUCAGAGGCAAAGAUAGAGGACGAGAAAGGGCAGUGGCAAGUACAGAAGUAAAGCAGAAGCUUCAAGAAUUCCUGUUGAGUAAAUCAGCAACAAAAGACACUCCAACUAAUGGAAAAAAUCAUUCCGUGAGCCGCCAUCCCAAGCUCUGGUACACGGCUGCCCACCACACGUCAUUGGAUCAAAGCUCUCCACCCCUGAGUGGAACACCUCCAUCCUACAAAUACACAUUACCUGGAGCACAAGAUGCAAAGGAUGAUUUCCCCCUUCGAAAAACUGCCUCUGAGCCCAACUUGAAGGUGCGGUCCAGGUUAAAACAGAAAGUGGCAGAGAGGAGAAGCAGCCCCUUACUCAGGCGGAAGGAUGGAAAUGUUGUCACUUCAUUCAAGAAGCGAAUGUUUGAGGUGACAGAAUCUUCAGUCAGUAGCAGUUCCCCAGGAUCUGGUCCCAGUUCACCAAACAAUGGUCCAACUGGAAAUAUUACUGAAAAUGAGACUUCAGUUUUGCCACCUACUCCUCAUGCUGAGAAAAUGGUUUCACAGCAACGCAUUCUAAUUCACGAAGAUUCCAUGAACCUGCUCAGUCUUUAUACCUCUCCGUCUUUGCCCAACAUCACCCUGGGUCUUCCAGCAGUGUCAACCCAACUCAAUGCUUCAAAUUCACUCAAGGAAAAACAGAAGUGUGAGACCCAGACACUCAGGCAAGGUGUUCCUCUGCCUGGGCAAUACGGGGGCAGCAUCCCAGCGUCUUCAAGCCAUCCCCACGUUACUUUGGAGGGAAAGCCCAACAGCAGCCACCAGGCUCUCCUGCAGCAUCUAUUAUUGAAAGAACAAAUGCGACAGCAAAAACUUCUUGUGGCUGGUGGAGUUCCCUUACAUCCUCAGUCUCCCUUGGCAACAAAAGAGAGAAUUUCACCCGGCAUUAGAGGUACCCACAAAUUACCCCGACACAGACCCCUGAAUCGAACCCAGUCUGCACCUUUGCCUCAGAGCACCUUGGCUCAGCUGGUCAUUCAGCAGCAGCACCAGCAGUUCUUGGAGAAGCAGAAGCAAUACCAGCAGCAGAUCCACAUGAACAAGCUGCUUUCGAAAUCUAUUGAACAACUGAAGCAACCAGGCAGUCACCUCGAGGAAGCGGAGGAAGAGCUUCAGGGGGACCAAGCGAUGCAGGAAGACAGAGCGCCCUCUAGUGGCAACAGCACUAGGCGUGACCGCAGUGCUUGUGUGGAUGACACAUUGGGACAAGCUGGUGCUGUGAAGGUCAAGGAGGAACCCGUGGACAGUGAUGAAGAUGCUCAGAUCCAGGAAAUGGAAUCUGGGGAGCAGGCUGCUUUUAUGCAACAGCAGUCCUUCUUGGAGCCCCAGCACACACGUGCAGUCUUGGUGCGCCAGGCUCAGCUGGCUGCUGUGGGCAUGGAGGGAUUAGAGAAAGAGCGUCUGGUCUCCAAGACCCACUCCUCCCCCGCAGCCUCCACGUUACCUCACCCAGCAAUGGACCGCCCCCUCCGGCCCGGCUCUGCAACUGGAAUUGCCUAUGAUCCUUUGAUGCUGAAACACCAGUGCAUUUGUGGCAAUUCCACCACCCACCCUGAGCAUGCUGGACGAAUACAGAGCAUCUGGUCACGGCUGCAAGAAACUGGGCUGCUAAAUAAAUGUGAGCGAAUUCAAGGUCGAAAAGCCAGCCUGGAGGAAAUACAGCUUGUUCAUUCGGAACAUCACUCACUGCUGUAUGGCACCAACCCCCUGGACGGACAGAAGCUGGACCCCGGGACGCUCCUAGGUGACUCCUCUCAAAAGUUUUUUUCUUCAUUACCAUGUGGUGGACUUGGGGUGGACAGUGACACCAUUUGGAAUGAGCUGCACUCGUCCGGCGCUGCACGCAUGGCUGUUGGCUGUGUCAUCGAGCUGGCUUCCAGAGUGGCCUCCGGAGAGCUGAAGAAUGGAUUUGCUGUGGUGAGGCCCCCAGGCCAUCAUGCUGAGGAAUCCACAGCCAUGGGGUUCUGCUUUUUUAAUUCAGUUGCAAUUACCGCCAAAUACUUGAGAGACCAACUAAAUAUAAGCAAGAUAUUGAUUGUAGAUCUGGAUGUUCACCAUGGAAAUGGUACACAGCAAGCCUUUUAUGCUGACCCCAACAUCCUGUAUAUUUCACUCCAUCGCUAUGAUGAAGGGAACUUUUUCCCUGGCAGUGGAGCCCCAAAUGAGGUUGGAACAGGCCUUGGAGAAGGAUACAAUAUAAAUAUUGCCUGGACAGGUGGCCUUGAUCCCCCCAUGGGAGAUAUUGAGUACCUUGAAGCAUUCAGAACUGUAGUGAAGCCUGUGGCCACAGAGUUUGAUCCAGACAUGGUCCUGGUUUCUGCUGGAUUUGAUGCAUUAGAAGGCCACGCCCCUCCUCUGGGGGGGUACAAAGUGACUGCAAAAUGCUUUGGUCAUUUGACGAAGCAGUUGAUGACACUGGCUGAUGGACAUGUGGUGUUGGCUCUAGAAGGAGGACAUGAUCUCACAGCCAUCUGCGAUGCAUCAGAAGCCUGUGUAAAUGCCCUUCUAGGAAAUGAGCUGGAGCCACUUGCAGAAGAUGUUCUCCACCAAACUCCAAAUAUGAAUGCCGUUAUUUCUCUACAGAAGAUCAUUGAAAUUCAAAGCAAAUACUGGAAGUCGGUAAGGAUGGUGGCGAUGCCAAGGGGCUGUGCUCUGGCUGGGGCCCAGCUGCAAGAGGAGACAGAGACUGUUUCUGCCCUGGCCUCCCUGACAGUGGACGUGGAACAGCCCUUUGCUCAAGAAGACAACAGAACUGCUGGUGAGCCUAUGGAAGAGGAGCCAGCCUUGUGAAGUGCCAAGUCCUCCCCAGGCCCCCACCCCCGAUAUUUCCUGUGUGUGACAUCAUUGUGUAUCCCCCCACCACCCAGCACCUUCAGACAUGUCUUGUCUGCUGCCUGGGUGGCACAGAUUCGAUGGAACAUAAACACUGGGCACAAAAUUCUGAACAGCAGCUUCACUUGUUCUUUGGAUGGACUUGAAAGGGCAUUAAAGAUUCCUUAAAAGUAA